AUGCUGGGCCUUCCGCGUGAUUGCAUCUCCCUUCUCCUUUCCUUGCUGGGCGUCGCCGGAGCCCCUGCUUUGGUCCUGACGGCCCCGGCUCUUAGUGUGGCCCUGCAGGACGUGGAAUGUGUGCGUGCGGCGUAUGUGGCCGCGGCACGGGCGUUUACCAUUCCUUGGCAACUCCGGGCAUUGGUGAAGGCCGCUCGCGCCACUCCGUGCCUCCCUGCUGCCUACCUGCGGCUUUGUCGCGCAGUGUUCGCAAUCGUUCGCUUGUGCUUCAGGCCUGUCUGUGCGCCCGGUGUUUCUUUAGCAUAUCCUUGCUUCGCUGAUGCAGCCCCAGCCUGCUUGCAGCUGUCGGGCCCUCGCAGCAGGCGAAGCGCUUUUGCCGCGCUCUUUGUGACUCUGGGAUUCCCGCCACCACCUCCCGAGGACAGCCACAAUCUGCACUGCGACUUGCUUCUGGCUGGCCUCCCUGCCAACCCUCACGUCGCGUGGCUGCGACUCAAUCGUGGGUCGUGGUGGUUCCCAGUGCGUCGCAUUCUCCAGCUCCUGCGUCUGGGCACCCACACCCUACACUUUUACCACCGUGCCCCGGAGGUGGAUCGGCCACCGGCAUUUGUCAUCAAGGCAGUGUCCUCGGUGUCUCCGGCUGCUUUGUGGCCCUGGAGCUGCCGUGGCCGGCUUCUUGCUGCCCUGAUUCGUGACUGCUGCGCCGCAGUGACAAGUAGCUGUGCCAAAAAGGUGGACCUCGGUUGUGUGCAUUCGAUGCUCCAAUGGCCAUUCCGUUUGCUGUUUUUGCCUUGGUCAGACACCAUGUCGACCGCACCGUCAGUGCUGAUGAUCUUGGAUAUCGCUCUGCGGGGCUCGCGCGACAUUCGCACAGCUUUGCGCUCUGCUGCCUCGACGUCUGUGAUUGAUCUCACGAAAGAGUCUGCAGCAGCAUCCGAGAAGCCAACAACGCGGACUUUGACGCCACUGCAAGAGACAACUUUGCUGCAGUGGCCUGAAGCCUCCUUGCGCGCCACCUGCAAUGCCUGGAUGUGCAUGGAUGAUGAACCGCCGCCGCUGCUCUUGCAAGCAAAUCUGCAGUUGCUUCCAACUGCGUUCGUUGAGUCGUUUGAGUUGCAGCUCCCCCCUCACCCUGAUGGUGUCCAAGAAGUGAGGCAGGCACUUGCUGUUGCAACAGCUUGGUUGGACCUUCAGCAAGCAGAGUUAACCGGCGUGGCUGCUAUUUGCUUUCCUUCGGUCAGACAAAGUCGACCUCGUGCUUGCGUGUUUGCACGCAUGCAUGUGCCCGAUCAUGUGCAGCAGCGCUGCGAUUGCACUGCACUGUAUAUGUUCAUUGAGCUCCACGGCAAGCUUCGACCACAAGACGUUGCUCCUUCUUCACGCCAUGUGUCUUUUUCUCGUUCUUUCAACUUUUGGAGCGCUUCUGUCGCUUCCAUUCGUUGUCGGCCCAGUUGUGCUGUGCCAUGGCGUCUGACGCCGAGCCUGGAUGCGCUGCUCUCGCCCCUCCGUCCGGCGCACCUCGGUCUGCUGACACGGUGCUACCUGCUGUCACCUCCGCCCGUGCGAUGCGAGGAAGCUCAAUCCUUGCUGCGGGCAUCGUUUGGGCUGGAGGUGGCCCUCAAUGACAUUGCCACGGUGUAUACCAAAUUGGAACGUGACUGCCCAGACUUUCUCGGCGGAGCCCGGCCUGCAUCGAAUACUCUUGUUGGCGAACUUCCUUUCAUUGAGGCUGCGGUGAGCAGAUGCGACAAUUGCGAGGUCGCACUGGUUCCAGGGAAGCACGGAGAAGCAAAGGCUUUCCUCCUGGAUCGGGGGUGGACCUCUGUGAAGUGGCGCCAUCACCAGUGUCCCACCUGCAACCUCAUCUUUUCCAAUGUUUGGAAAUCGCAGCCUCAUGCAAGAUCACGCUGCUGCGCUGUUGCGGCUCCAGAGGAUGCCGCUUUCUUCCAAAUCGUCGGCUGCCCCCGGAAAAACAGCAAGGCGUUCAUUGAAACGCGAGUCCUUUGGUUGCUUCGGGCGGCAGUGCUGCGCAGCAAAGCUGCCUUCAGCGGCUUCGUCCAGAUGCUCGCAGACCUGCAUGGCACUCCUGCUGAUCGAGAGAAUGAUUGCUACAGGUUUGAGCACCAUUGGCUGCUGCUGGAGGUUUUGACCGUGCUCUGGGCGCGCUCACCCAGUGUCGUGCGGACAACGGGUGGCCGCUUGAGUCUACGAGUUUCAGGCCGCCUGGUGCAAAUUCUCCCUUACCUUCGCGAAGCGGUCCAUGCACAGCACUACGUGGAGCACAAGUGUGAGCUUUGCGCGUCGGGCCUCUACUGCUGUGACCACCACCCUUCGUCCUCUUGCGCUCCGGCACCUGCUGCCGCCCGGCCCAUUCUGCGCCACCGCGAUGACAACGGGGCUCGCAGGUACAAGGUCGAUGGCUCUCCUCGCUGGUUCUCUUCUUCUGAGCUCUCUGUCCGUGCAAUUCAGGAGUAUGAGGGGCUGCUUGCUGAGAAAAGGGUUCAUCCGCUGGCCCAUGCAGAAUCGCUCACUCAAGUGUAUGGCUUGCUUUCGACGUUGCUCCAACGAGGUGAUGUUGCACUAAAGUAUGCCAUUUAUGACAACGCUUGCGCAUUGGCUCGCUAUGCUCGCCACCCGUUGCGUUGUGGCAGAACGCCGGCGGCUUCGGCAAUCGCUGCACUCACCUUCGUUAUCGACAGCUUUCACGUGGCCAACCACACAGCCUGCAUCACCGAGGGUCACGACUUCUUCUUGCCUGAAGUUCGACGUGAGAGGCAUCCCCAGCUCGCUGCAGUGAACACCCAGACCGCAGAACAAUUCUUCUCUUGGGCAGACCCCUUUGUACGAUCCACUGCUUCUAUGACACCAUCUGUCUUCCAGGCCUUUGUCCUCAUCCUCGUGCACCUCUACAAUUCCAUUGUCUGCGGUGACUCGGCAGCCCAACUCCGGCGUCGACCAAGCCGUCGUCGCAACACUCCAGCUGCUGCUGCGCCUUUGCGUCCUAGAAGUCGUGCUUCUGAGAAUGAGCCGGGGCACGGUGCUGCAGCGCCCCCAGCCCCGGUGGUCGUUUUGCAGUUUCGCCGCAAUCCACGUGGGGUCGGACUUUGGGGCGCAGGCAAGUACCACUGGAGCCCAGAUCCAGGUGCACGCCGCCCCCCAUGCAACAUUGUCGCAUUCGAAACGCUGCCCGAAACCAUACAGGUCAUUGCGCAGGAUGUUGACUUCUUACCGGACGUUGGCUUUGUCCUGCAUUUCGCCGGCGCCAGGCAUCAGGUCUGCCGCACCUGUGCUUUGGCCGCACGGCACGCCGGCCUUCUCGUUGACUGUGGCACUCGCAACCUCCAAGUGUGGGAGGGGCAAACUGCUGCAUGCAUUGCUGCGACACCACACGCAUCUCGUGUCGCUUCGAUCCCGCCCUUGCGCUGUCCGCGUCCUUUCAUCCCCAUGCCUUCUUCCGCGCGUGCUUCGUCGGGUCCACCUGCGCCGCCGUCCGGAGAGAAGGUGGACGAGUUUUUCCAGCUGCUGGAGCAACAAGUCCCUUUCCCUGCGGCUCAGUUAGAGCAGCUUGUCCCCGCAGCCCUCCUUCAACAUUGGAAAGACCUUGGCGCGACGCAAAGCGUCGCAUGGCCUUGGGUCAUGCUGUGCGAACUCUGCCUUGUCAGCUUUCUGACGCCCAACGCACGAUUCCAGCCCCUGCCGAGCUUCUCGGUGUACUCACUCACCUGGACUUUUUUCCUCCACCCAGGCUCAUGCCACACCUCAAACCUUCUUCGUUUGUACCACAAUGUGCUCCAUGGCCUUGAGGAGAAGGCCAACGAAGAUCGGAAGGCCAUUCGCUCUCGCCUGCGGCAAAAUGCCAUGCCUGGUCCCCAGGGGCAGGCCACACUGAAGGAGCGUUUGAAAAAGGUCCAGGACAUCACAUUCCGUUUGGGCACGGGCUCAUUGGAAGGCAUUGGCCUUCGCAUCGCGUCCUUCGUCGGAUGGACUGCUGCUAGCGGGUACCUGGUCGAGGGCACGCAGUUCCUGCAGUGGCUGCAAACUGAGUUCGGCGUGAACAAGGCAAUUGCGACCCAAUUGUGGGAACGCAUGUCCUGGCAGCGCGAUGUGAUCAACCUCCAGCGCUCGUUCUCCAUGCCCUACCCUUUCUUGGGUGUUUGCGGCGCACUUCACCUGGAGGAUAUUUGGCCGCUUUAUGCCCAAGCCGAUCCUCUUGGACUGCGUGGGCGUCUUUGCCUCUUUUACAGCCGCCCCGUCAUGAAACGGGCGCGGGACAUUGAGGCCGCCAAUGAAAGACUGGGAAAUACCGGCGGCACAAACCGAUUGGAAGCUUUGCUGAUCGACCGCUUCUACCGCGUCUACCAGGCUCAUGCAUUGGAACAUCGUGACGAGGCUGUCUUUGUCUAUCACCUCGGCUAUCCCUUUCUGAAUUACACCUUUGCCGCCGAGAACAACCAAGAAGCCAAGCAGCUUUUCGUCGCCCAUUUCGACCAUCACGCAACCUUGCAGGAAGAGAAUUACUUGGUCCAGCAUGAAGCAUCGAAACGCCAUGGAAAGCUUAAGGGGAAGCACCUGCGCCUUGCACUUAAUUGGGCAAAUUUGCAGAGUGCCUUUGCUCGCACAGAACCAACGGCCUGGCCGACAACCGUGUCUGCAGCUGCGAUGAAAGCAGCUGACCUGCUUGGGAAGUAUUGCGAAGGAGUGACGGAUGUCAUCAACAAAUUCGUCGCUCGCCCCGAACCUGCAGCUGCAGCCCCACAGCCAAAAGAGGAGAGAGGGUUCGUGGGCAGGAUCGCCCGGCUGCGUGCGAUGCCCUUAGCGGCUUUCUUGGAGCAACACCCCGUUGCAUCCAACCCGUACCUGAAACCCUUCAUUGCAAUGGUGCUGCGAAUGCAUUCCGUGUGGUGUGAUUCCACCUUGCUGAAAUCCCAUUGCUUUGUGCGCGACAACUUGCCCCAAUCACCCCACGAGGAGAAGAUCCUGCUCAUCCUUUUGGCCCUCGUUUGCCUUGAGAAGUUGCAACUUGCCGCCUGCGGCCUCUCUACCAACAGCAGUGGCCCCCGCAAGCUCUUUGCUUGUAAACGCCACCUGCCUCCUGACGCUCCUCACCUCGCUUCCGUGCAAGCUGUCCUUGCCAUCUUCGAGGUGCCUUUGGAGGAGUAUCGUGCCCCGCCACCUGGGGAGCUCCAGCACAACGUGCCCACUGCGGCGCCGCGGCUGGAGUUUGCUGCCUUCGAUGAGGCUCUUGCUGCGGCUGCGACGCAGCAGUUGCACCACUGGAGCGAAGCGGCUUAG